CUCAAAAUCCAGAUAGUCAACAACGGGCUCAAGGUCCACCAGGUCCCCCAGGACCGGCAGGGCCACCUGGUCCGCCAGGACCCCCAGGACCCCCUGGACCUCCCGGACCUUCUGGUGCAGCAGAGCAUGUCGCCUUCUCUGUGCGCCUUGGUAACAACUUCCCCAAAGCUGGUACCCCCAUCACCUUCCAUGAUGUCAUCUACAACGGACAGAACAGCUAUGACCCCAAGACCGGCUUUUUCACCUGUGAGCACCCAGGUGUCUAUGAGUUUGAGUUCCACUGCACCAUCUAUGACAGUGCAGGCAGCUUGGAUCUGCUCCGCAAUGGAACCCUGGUUCUGCACUCAUUCACCACCCGCCAGAACGGCUACAUCACAGCCAGUGGCAGCACCUUCAUCAAGCUUGCAAAGGGAGACAGGGUGUGGCUGAUUGCUAACAAUGGCGGCAACGGACUGACCAGUGACAGCUUCUUCUCUGGCCAUCUGCUGUUCACUGAGUAGUAGAUACUCGUCCAGUUUGCACUUUUUAUUUAAAGCACUCAAAAUUAAGAAGUAAAAAACUGAGUGAACCUGAAGUCAUGAAUGAGUCUAUUUCCCCCCCUCACUAUUCUUUAUUAUACCUUGAACCUAUGUGAUCACGAUUAAGAAAGGAUUGAUUAUGAACUGCUGUACUUUUCUGCUGUGAAUAAAGAAUGCACUAAAUUGUAACAGAAACACGUGAAUAAAAUGUGUAUCUGCA